GAUUCAUUUAAAUUGAUUAAUGCCUCGAAAAGCUUCGUCCCUCCCAACACUAGUCUUCUCGACAUCGGCGUUGGGUGAUUAGUGACGAGCGCAGAGAAUGAACAAAACAAAACAAAACCAAAGUCUCUUUAAAUCAGUCAAUUCAAGCGGAUUACAGGGUCCACUCUGGAAAAACCUGUUCUCAAACACACCUGAACAAGUUAACCAGGGUCUUCAAGAUUAGGCCACUAGCCCACGGGCAGCACAUUGUCCAGUGAGAGAUCGCAGGUCAAGAAGAUGAACGCUCGCGUGUGCUGCUCCUUGAUCGCUGUUUUGUUGUGUCUCUCUGUGUGCUUGAGCACAACAGAUGCCAAAAAACAUGUCAGAGGAAAACGAAAUGCUUGUUUGACACCAGCAAAGCCAGGAGUGUGUCCUGAUGACAAAGACAUGAUGGGAGUGUGUGUCGAGAAGUGUUUUGGUGAUCGCGAAUGUCCAGAUGAUGAGAAAUGCUGCAGCAAUGGAUGUGGACAUCAGUGUAUGCCUCCAUAUAUAGCAGUAAAGCCAGGAUCCUGUCCAAAACCCACUGGACCCGGACUGUGUGCUGAGAUGUGUUCUGGUGACGGUAGCUGUCCCAACAAUCAGAAAUGCUGCAGCAAUGGAUGUGGACAUCAGUGUAUGGCUCCAUAUAGAGCAGUAAAGCCAGGAUCCUGUCCAAAACCCACUGGACCCGGACUGUGUGCUGAGAUGUGUUCUGGUGACGGUAGCUGUCCCAACAACCAGAAAUGCUGCAGCAAUGGAUGUGGACAUCAGUGUAUGGCUCCAUGUACUGGUGCUGGACCAGCAAAGCCAGGAGUGUGUCCUAGAAACAAUGUUAAAAAACCGAUGGUAGGAGUGUGUGCCGAGAUGUGUUCCUAUGACUGUGACUGUCCGAAGGAUCAGAAAUGCUGCAGCAAUGGAUGUGGACGACAGUGUAUGGCUCCUUAUAAAGAAAAGCCAGGAGUGUGUCCAGUGUCUUUUGCUGGAGUAAAAGGACUGUGUGCAGAAGAGUUGUGUGUCAGUGACUUUAACUGUCCAGGAAAUCAGAAGUGCUGCAGCUCUAUAUGUGGAGGACGUAUGUGUACACCUGCAUCUUAAGUGAAGCCUGGUCUGUGUCUCAAACCAAAUGUGCUGAUAACUCUUCCAUGAUUGAUGUCCUUCCAGACAGAAGUGUCCCAGACACCGGUGGACAUGCAGAGAACAUGACAAUUUAACCAUUGGAAAAAGCCACCCCCAAUGUUGUACUUCAGGUCUUUUUUGUCUUCCUCAAAUAAAUCUGUUUAAAGGUC